AGGGUAUGAUGAUAAUCUAUCAACAAGAUACUUGACCCAGCCACUUGUAAAUUCCAACGCUCGUACCCAGUUUGAUGGCACUGAAUUUGCAAUAGAUGACCAAUUGAUCAGCAAUUCGCAUCAGGCACAAAGCACAAGAAGUGAUGCCAAUGCUGUUGGGCUGGCCCUUGGUCCUCCACAAUCAUCUACAUCAGUAUUUCAGGCUAUCAAUUCUUCUUCUCAGCCAUCCACUCUUAAUCCUGUAGAUGACUGGACAACCAAUCGAGAUUUCUUUUCAGAGGAAGAGAUUCGCAUUAGAAGUCAUGAGAUGCUCGAAAAUGAGGAUAUGCAGCACUUGCUCAGAAUCUUCAGUAUGGGAGGCCAUGGCUCCAUUGAUGUGCCUGAUGAUGGGUAUGCAUUCCCCUCAUUCAUGCCAUCACCAAUGCCCAGCUAUGACGAAGAUCGCAACCGUCCUGGCAAAGCUGUUGUGGGGUGGCUGAAAAUUAAAGCGGCAAUGAGGUGGGGUUUCUUUGUUAGGAAGAAAGCAGCAGAGAGACGGGCACAGCUUGUGGAGAUAGAGGAUGAAUAGAAGCCCCUCUGAAGCUACAACUUGAGGAAUUAGGGCUGAUUGAAGACGUUGGUUUCAAAAGUCUUGAUGAAUGACUGACAUUUGUGGAGAUCUGUGAUAAAUGGCAAGGAAUCUAUUCUUGUACAGCUGCCUGUACAGUAAGUUGUUUCUGUUUAUUUUUCUCAGUUGUGAAGAUUUCUCUCAUCACUCUUCGAAUGACAUAUGGUCUUGGCUUCCAAAGGGGUAAAUUUCUUAUUGCCUCUUUUGCUGUUGACAUAUAGGGGACUACUUCCAGUAUUUUUAGGAUGACUAUACUCUGUUGUUCGGCUAAAUAUUGCACAAGGACCGCUGGCUAGUAUUUUUAUAUUUAUUGUGCUAGUUGCUUUUGUACUUUGAAUUGACUGAAAUGCCACGAAUAUAUUUUACUUCAGACC